CGGCUGCUGCGGCUGCUGCUCUCCGGCCUCGUCCUCGGCGCGGCCCUGCGAGGCGCCGCCGCCGGCCGCCCGGAUGCAGCAGCCUGUCCUGGGAGCCUGGACUGUGCCCUGAGGAGGCGGGCGAGGUGUCCCCCGGGCGCGCAUGCCUGUGGGCCCUGCCUUCAGCCCUUCCAGGAGGAUGGGCAAGGGCUCUGCGUGCCCAGGAUACGCCGGCCUCUGGGGGAGGGCCCGCCCCAGCCCAGGCUGGACGAAGAAAUCGACUUGCUGGCCCAGGAGCUAGCCCGGAAGGAGGCCGGGCACUCGAGGCUCCCAGCCCGGCCCCUGCCUGAGUCCCGACAGCGGAUCCUGGCGCCUGCAGCCACCCUGGGCUUCUCAGAGCGGGGUCAGGGGCCCAAACUGGGCCUCACCUCCACUCCGGGAGCCCCCGCGCCCACGCCCCCCACCUCCUUGGGCUCCCCUGCGUCGUCUGGGCCGGUGCACAUGUCGCCCCUGGAGCCUCGGGGCGGGCGCGGCGACGGCCUCGCCCUCGGUAGGUCACCCCCACCUGGGGCCGGUGCGCCCAGCUCCCAUUUCCAGCCUGGGCCAUUGGCACCUGGAGGGUGUGGGGAGGACCAGCGAUCCCGCCCCCCACCCAGGCAUAAAGAGCCGCCCAAGGAGGUGGACUCAGCCUCCUCGGACGAGGAGAAUGAAGACGGUGACUUCACGGUGUAUGAGUGCCCGGGCCUGGCCCCGACCGGGGAGAUGGAGGUGCGCAACCCGCUGUUCGACCACGCCUCGCUGUCGGCGCCCCCGCUGCAGUGACCCGAAGCGGGCGGGACGACCCCGCUCGCCGACCGCACGGCCCUCGGGCGGGGACGGGCAGGGCCCGGUGCUGCCCGUUCAAAAGAACACGUUCUGAUAUUCUGCGUGCUGGUGGCUGGGCGGGAGCGCUGGACCCCGGGACCUCUUGCCAGGGAGACACCCCCUUGUGCCGGGAGACCUUCUGUCCCCCUUGCACCUCUCCUGUCCGGUCUGGACCCCCAAACUGGAGGGGGCGGGGAGAACCCUAGAACCCGGGGGCAUGGAUGGGGAAUUCUGGAGACAAAAGGUAAUUAAAGUACAUUUCAAACGUG